CUGAACUAUCAAAAACUAAAAGCAAAUUUACAGAGAGAUCUCCAAAUCUUGACAUGUUUUUCAAUUAAUUUAAUAUCUUCCGAACUGUGAUUCACCAUGCCAGAUAGGAUCACAACUAAGGAGUUUCUACACGCGACGAGGGAGGACAUCUCGUCUCCUACAACCUCGAACUUCUGGUCUUCGAUGUAUCCUUGCAAAAAUAUGGUCAACGUUGUGGAGGAGAGUUUGGAGAGUGACAGAGCAGUGCUAUCUAAACUUAAGAAAUCAGUAAAAGCCCUUCAUGGUGCAGGUCUAGGUCAUAUAAAUAACCAAAUUGCUGAAGCUGARAAUUUAGAAAAACUUGGAUCUCAAUUGCUAUCAAGAGAAGCAGAUACAGGAAUUGGUAAGGGUUUAGUAUUUGGGUUUCCUGUGUUAGCUAUUAUAAGAUAUCAAACCCACACUCAAUUACAUAAUAUAUAUAUAUCUAUUUUAUUAUAUGGAUUAAUGCCAUUUCCAAAUACACUUCCCAGCCAACUCGUUUUUACCUCUUUUUCACUUUGCAACAAAGUCUUGAGAUCAUGUUUUUUUUUUCAGUUCAAAGACUACUAUAACAUGGUGUUGUUUCCAAUGGAUUCUCUUUUGAAGGGUGACCUUAAAGAAAUUAAGGGGGAACUGCGUAAACCAUUUGAUAAAUUUUGUCUACAUUAUAAUUCCAGCUUAAAAAUAGAGAAAGAAAAAAAGAAACUUGCCCAAGAGGCUGGCUUGAUCAGAGCAGAGGUUACAGGAAGUGAGAUGGCUGAGGAGACUGAGAAAGAACGCAGGCACUUCCAAUUACAAAUGUGUGAGUAUCUGAUCAAAGUGAGUGAAAUAAAAGUCAAGAAAAGUGUCGAGCUGGCAACACAUYUGGUUGACUAUUACCACGCAGAAAUAAGUUACUUUCAGAAAAGUCUCGAGGUUCUAGACGGUCUGAAAGGCCAUGUAGAAGAACUUGUACACGAGCUUCAUGAGCUUCGAGCAAAGCAAGACGUAGACAAACGUGAACUGUUAACAAUGAGAGAUGAUCUCAAGACUUUGUUGCAAAGUGAAAAAGAGUCUGGUAAGGGAGGUUACAGCUUACAUGGCACGCAAGGGCACAAGAUACAUGGGACACACAGAGCAGGGAACCUAUGGAAGCGAAGUGAAGGAUUUCGAAAGAUGUGGCAAAAGCGACACUGYGAGGUCAAAGAUGGAUUUUUAACAGUUGCGCAUUCGGCGACAAGCGCGCCGACACAAAAACUCAAUUUACUCCUGUGUCAAGUAAAGUCUGUCAUAAGCAAUAGCAGGACAGAAGCAUUAGAGAAAGCAUUUGGUGACAACGAUAACGAGUCUCCAGAGAAUUCAUCUUCAUCGAUAGUUCAUAACAUCAAAGAGUUAAGGCAAAGCAUAGUUAAUCAAGUACAGAGACUUCCUGGUAACGAUACRUGUGUAGACUGCACGGCGAAAGAUCCCACAUGGCUGUCAACCAACUUAGGUGUAUUGACGUGCAUCGAGUGCUCAGGUGUCCAUCGCGAUAUGGGUGUACAUGUAUCGAGAGUACGGUCCUUGACGUUGGAUAUUUUUUUUACAUUUUUAUUACAGCUCGCAAAGUUUAUCGGUAAUGGUGGGUUUAACGAAAUCAUGGAGGCGACGCUCGACUAUAAUCGAAAACCAACGGCUACAAGCAACAUGGACGAAAAGAAGGAGUUUAUUAGAGCGAAAUAUAUCAAACACGAAUUUGCGCAAAAGUCCGGCGAAGCACCAGAAAAGAUAUUACAGGAGCUUCAUUUAGCGAUCAAAUCACGUGAUUUUUUAGCUGUUUUACAAGGUUUUGGCGAAGGAGUGGAUCUAACGAGUGUUCUGCCUGGUGACACAUCCCAGAAUACYGCCCUACACGCGGCWGUUGAGCAAGAAGACCUCAAAUCGCUACACAUUGUGGACUUUUUGGCACAAAAUGGCAAAGCAGUCAAYACACCGAACGGCAAUGGAGACACGGCCCUCCACCUUGCAGGUCGUAUGGGGAAAACCGAGAUCGCAAGAAUCUUACUUCGAUCAGGAGCAACUGAAAGCCUUUCAGUCGCCAAUUUAAACGGGAAAACACCUCUGGACCUCGCURGAGAUGAAGACCACACAGAGACCGCUGAGCUUCUUAAAAAGUGCUCUUCGGGUAAACUUAACCAUUGUGAACAUGUGAAGAUUGACUGGGGAAUGCUUCAGGUUGACGGGAUUUACGACUCGCCUGCCGAUCUCCUCGACAAGACGUAUCCCAGCGACGAUGAAGGUCUUAAUGACAAGUCGCGAACAGGUCCUCCCACCCCUCCCCGCCAUCGUCGUGUUUUACCAACAAGRCCCGUCAGUCAGUUCGCCCCUACAACGUCAAGAAUAACAAGCCAACAGGACGCCGAGGCCGUUAACGCACUGAUUUCUGGUCUAGCACUAGACACCAUGGACAACGGCCAUUACAUACCRAUGGAYACUGGAGACAAGAGUACAAAAGCGAAUGCCUCACCGGUUAUUAUGAGACGAAAACCACCUCCUCCUCCAACGACGGGAGAGACGGUAGCAGUAAAUGUACGGGCCAGCAUAGCUUAUACUACACCAACGGGGGUUGGAUCAAUAGAAGGACAGCCGGAAAAAUCGGGCGUUUUUCCAAUCAGUUUCGUCCAUGUUCUUCCAGACUAGGACCCAGGUGUGGAAACCAAAUUACGCGUGGGGGCUGAGGACGAACUGAUUAUUCAGUGGUUUCCRAUAAGAUCCAGGUGACCACGAUGUUCACGGGCUCGCAUCAGAGAGAUGCAAAGUCAAGAUGAAAAAAGAUAGAUUCACUUUUUAAUCCGAUAUUUUUAGUUAUUUUGGCAGGAAAAUUGGUAGCUGGUAUAUUUUUAAUUGACACAAUCCGAUACUUUGUACUGGUUGCUAGUUUUUCAAAUCGUAAGGGGAGAAUCCAAGAUGGCGAUAAUGACAGUUCAUAAAAACGAGAAAAGCAGCUGUUUCUCGAUCAUAUUGAACAUAAAUGUGAUAGUAUAUUAGCUAAAUAUAUUUUAGAUAAGAUGUAUUUUAAUUUUUAUUUAUUGAGGGCGAAAUUGUCCGUCUUAUUGAAACCUCGUUUGAUAAAACAAAAAGAUUUUAUUUUCUUUCUAAACUAUAUUGCAGUAUUAAUAUUUUGCUAUAAGUCUUGGCCUUUUCAGUCGGCAAGUAAUAAUAACAAAGCGUUGAAAGUUUAAUUUUUUUAGAAUUAUAUUUUUUAUAAAGUUGGGAGCCCGUAAAAAUGCAUGCAUGUGCACUUUUUACGAAAACUAGAUGCUUGCAAAAAAAAAUAUAAACAUAGAUUAAAUUCUGGUGACUUCAGAUGCAUUAUGGGAUACCUAAGAUGCAUUGUGGGAUGUCUGUGUCACACGUGACUAAUAAAUAACCAACGAAAUAUUUUCUUAUUGCAUUUUUAGUUCUUUAAAAUAUAUUUUUUGCAUUUAAGAGUUUUGUUCUAGUCUCGAGGUUAGUUUAAAAUCUUUGUAAAUACAAGUUAAAGGAAUUUUGUGCCUUUUAUCGACUGAAUUAUAAUUUGGCGAAYAAAAAUAUUCAAAAAGUC